AUGCGAGGGCUACCGGCUAGAGGACGGAGCCGGCCAAAGAAGGUAGUCCGUCAUCGCCAGCAACAUCCAGUGCGUUUGGCAACACUUAACGUUGGGACGCUUACUGGAAGAAGUCGUGAACUGGCAGACAGUCUCAGAAAACGCCGUGUUGGCAUAUGUUGUGUACAGGAGACUCGCUGGAAAGGCUCCAAGUCAAGGGAAUUAGGCGAUGGCUACAAGCUCAUCUACCACGGCACAUCAAAUCGCAAUGGUGUUGGUAUCAUAUUGGAUGAGUCAUUUAGAGAUAGCGUCACAGCGGUGGAUCGGCUAUCGGAUCGCUUGAUGGCUGUAAAAGCAGAUACAGGAGAAGUGGAAUUGCUAGUCGUCUCUGCUUAUGCGCCAUAG